AUACGCGACACUAGUUGCCGCAGAACAAUCGCUUAGUGAAGUUGUAAUCCAUAAAGAAAUGCUUGAAUAAUGCAAAAAAUCCCCGUGGCAUAACAGUAUUCCUACAAAAUAUAAACAAGUGUUUUAAAAGUGAAUUUUAGUAUUUUUUCCAAUAAUUAAAUGGAAAACUAUAAAAUAUAGUAUAUAAAUAUGCAAAUGCAGACGCUAAAAAUAGUUGCUUUUAAAUGCUAUGCCUUGAUUGCUGGCAUUGGAAAAGUGUUCACGCAGAAAUAAAAUUAUUUAACAAAUGUUUUAUUAUUUAUAUAUAGAUAAACAAAUGAGACUCAUUUCGUAAAUUAAAAAUAAAUAUACUUAGAUAAAUUAAUAACUUUUUGAUAGUUUUAUAAAAAUUAAAAAUACUAUAUGAGUAAAACAAAAACUUAGCAACUUUUAUUAAAUAAUGUUUAAAGUGAAAGUGAAUUAUAAACUGAGUAUUAAACAAUAAAUAAUCUGUGUUAAUAAAUAUAAAAACAAAAUAAAAAUGGCUGCCAUUUUACAACAUUUUAAGACGAUGCUACAGCGUUAUCCCGUUACAAGGGGUAUGGUUUCAUAUAGCCUGAUUUGGCCGACGAGUUCACUCAUACAACAGACCUUCGAAGGGAAAAGAUGGCCGGACUACGAUUGGUGGCGUGCGUUACGUUUCAGUCUAUAUGGCGGAUUUUUCGUCGCGCCAACGCUGUACAGUUGGAUUAAGGUUUCCAGCGCCAUGUGGCCGCGUACAUCGCUGCAGACGGCGGUGUUCAAAACAGCCGUCGAACAGAUUUCCUACACACCUGCUGCCAUGACAUGCUUUUACUUCCUAAUGAGCCUGCUGGAAAUGAAGACCGUGGGCGAGGCAGCCGCGGAGGUGCGCAAGAAAUUCAUACCCACAUAUAAGGUGGCUAUGUCAAUUUGGCCCGUUGUUGGCAUAAUAAAUUUCUCCGUCGUACCAGAGAAGAAUCGAGUGCCUUUCAUCAGUGUUUGUAGUUUGUUAUGGACAUGCUUCCUGGCUUAUAUGAAACAUCUGGAGCACCAGCAUGUAGACGAAAUGGAUAAUAUAUUCACGUCCAAGGACGCUAAAGCGAAGGCGUGAAUGGCUGGCAUGAUUUAUAUAUACAUAUGUAUAUACAUAUAUAAGUAGAUUAAAUAAUUAUUUGAAAUUUGUGGUAUAUGUAAUAAUUUAUUAAAAGAAAAUAAUUUUUAAAUAAACAAAAAAAGUUUUAACAUAAAAAUUUAGAAGCAUUAAACAAGA